AGUACCCUUUCCUAGGCCACUUGAUCUACCUCCGCAGACAAUUCGAUGUUCUCUUCGCGUAUAUAAACUCAAUUUAAAUUUAAUUACGUUUACUGCUUCAACGGUUCCGUAAUAAGUACAAGAGUAUGGAUUAUUUAAUAUGGUACACCUUUGUAAGUUCGAAAAUGAAACUAUUGUAUUGGAAUAUAUUCGUGUUGGCGGUGCUGCUUUACUUUGUUAGCAUUUCUAAUGCUCAACCAGCGACUUCUCCAACUAGUCCAACUUCGCCCACUGCGCCCACUGCGCCCACUUCGCCAACCUCGCCAACCUCGCCCACUUCACCAAUUGCAACAAAUUCAACACCUUCAACAACAGCACCAACUACAACAACUUCUCCGAGUCUAACGCCCAGUGGUAGCCCACUGGCACCUUCAUCAUCCGGUAAUCUCACACCAGCUCAAAGAAGGAAUGCGGCUCGUCGGAGAAGAAUUAGAAGAAGACGGAUAAGGCGGAAUAUAGCUCAACGUAGAAGGAGAAGAAACCGCAGGCGGAGGAGACAAGCUCGACGUGCUGAGAGGGUACGCCAAAGGAGACGCCAGAGAAGACAACAAAAUCGGUCUAACAGGCUAUUAAUCGUCCGUUCUUAGAUAACAAAUUUUUUAACAAAUAAAUGUUUUUAUUUUAGUUUUUAAUAAAUUCCUAAGUAUAACGUUAUUGCUGUUUAAUUUAAUUGAAACCACUUUAAUUACUUUAUGGCAUUUAAAAUACUUACACGUAUUAUUACGUAAUAAGUGUAAAAUAGUAAAACUACAUUUGUCUUUAUGUACAUCACUAAUGUAAUUUGAAAUAUCAUAAAUUUGU